CAAGGCGCCCACGUAACCUGCUUCAUCUUCUGAUCUUCCGAAGCGCAGCCAUGGAACCAAGUCAGUUCUACCCCGAAGCCGGGGAUAGUCAAUUCUACCCAGGUACCGAUGUUUUACUUAUUGACAGAGGCAGCGACGAGGAAGGCGCGUGGGCCAGCGGCAACGCCUUGUGCCUCCUACUCGUGGCAGUCUGCAUGGUCUUCAUAAUCGUCCUGCUUGUCACGGUGUUUGUGCUCACAAAAACUGACACAGACCUUUCCGAUGAAGGUGCCGAUGGCGGUAGUGCCGAUAGAUCUGAAGAACAAGGGCGAGCGGGCGGCGUCCGCAAGCCACCCACUAACCAAGGCUCCACACAAACUUCUGGGAUAACGCCCCCUGUAGUGGUGCCUUUGCGCAGCACAUUUGUGCCUCAAACAGCUGUUGCGGCAGCACCGAAGCCAGCGGUUGCGGCACCACCGACACCAGCGGUGGCGACAACACCGAAGCCAGCAGCUGUGGCACCACGGACACGAGUGGUCGCGACAACACCGAAGACUACAGCUGCGGCGCCACCGACACCAGCAGUUGCGACAACACCGAGGCCAGUGCUUGCGACAACACCGAAGCCAGUGCUUGCGACAACAAGGAAGCCAGUGCUUGCAACAACACCGAAGCCAGCAGCUGUGGCGCCACCGACACCAGCAGUUGUGAUACCACCCACCCCAGCUAGGAAACCACCGACACCAAUGAGGGCACCAUCGACAACUACUAUAGUCCCUAAACCACCCACUGCCGGCCAAACAACGAGACCAGGCCCGACAACUCAGGCACCGCUGCCGAAGGGAUCGCUGCUGUGCACACUAGGGGCUGGUUUCAAGAAGUCGAAGUACACGUUUCCCCCCGACGGACUCUGCACCAUAAUCACGUUCCACUCGGUGUACAAGGGCGAUGACACAUUGGCACCACCCUACAAGGAAGACUUCCAGUACUUCCUAGAUACGUCUAAGCAGGCCAAGUACUCUCAAUUUGGAAUCGGCAUCGCGCAAGAAACAUGCACCGACCGAGCCGCCAUGACAAAACUUACCAGCAACGUUUCGACGAAGAUGCAUUUAGAUGAGCUGUGGGACCGCUACCGGAUAUACCACUAUGGCCAAGUGAGCGGAAGUAUCUUAUUCAGAGGAUUAGUUCCUUUUGUUUCUGCGAGGUUAGCAGCGACGGGAUUGCAGAUGAUCACCAAGAUAAUGAAUGAUAAAAGACACUAUAAACUACGGCCGAGCUAUACCAUUCUCCACAAUUGGCUGCUUUAUCCAGGAGACGCUCGGUCCAUUGGAAUGGCAUUGUCGGAUGUGCCGGUGGAUAUUUUUGUUGUGAAUGUGCACCAUCACGAACCCGAUAUCAACUCCGUUCACUGCCGCAUCGUGCCACCAACCAUACUAACCUCGGACGUCUUGGAGAAUGUUCCAAAGGAUUGGUUUUACAGCAUCCGCAUGGGCACCAGCAUAAGUCUACUUGCAGCCUACCAGCACUACUGGCCUUCGAACAUGAUGUAUGCUAUGUCCCUGGGCAUGGCUGGUCGGUGGUACGCACCAUGUGAUGGAGGCCCCUUGACGCGUAGGGGGCCCGCUGGCUUUAAGCUCGGCAAAAAAUGCGGGGGCGCGUGCAAGCAAGAGAAGCUCCUGCCAGAGGAUCAGAUCACCGAGAUUGCCCGGGCCUGCUCGCGUCCUGCCUUGAACAAUUCAUUGUACCAAGACAGGAUGUUCAACGCCCUCGUUACUUACGACAUCACAGCAGGAUUGGUCUUCACCUAUGACAGCCCUCGCAACCUUCGUACCAAGCUCUGCAAAGCCAAGAAGAAUGCGACAAGCUUGCAAUACAACUUUGUCGCUGCGGACAUCCAGCUGGAGGACGCCUAUGGUAGCUGCGGCUACGGGCCAUUCCCUCGGCUCUAAAUGCUCAAGAAGCUGGCGGCGUUCCUUGCUUAUAAUUACACGUCUGCCGGUAAGGAGACACAGUCCAGGGCGGUCACAUAUUAAUAUACGCUCAAUUGUUGCUACCAGCUCAUGCUCAUAGAAAAAAAAUAUCCUGCGUAAAUAAAUAAAGUGAAAUUAUAGAUUUU